UCGUAAGUUUGAUCUAAGGUCUUUUACUUCAUGCGGUGAUUUGGUUGCUGAAGUUUAAGGCUCUUGGUUCCGCCUGCUCACCGCUGGAUGUCAUCGAAGAGUUGAGCGACUCACCCGGUUUGGGAUUCAGAGCUCGCUGCGUUUCCCAAGCCGCGCGUUGAGGGGAGGUGGCCGGCGUUUCGGAUACACCGCAUCCCCGCAUGCCAGCUCAGUGCUCCGCUUUUAUUAAACUAGGGGAACAGAAAGCAGGAUGUCGGAGUUCCUGGUGACCCUCCUCGGGGAGCGGGUGGUGAACAGCGACAGGGCUGAGGUGGACGUGCAGGCGCUGGGCGGCCGGCUGUCCUUGCUAGGGCUCUACUUCGGCUGCAGCCUCAGCGUACCGUGCCGGCAAUUCAACGGCAGCCUGCGCGACUUCUACUGCAAGUUCAAGAAGGCGUCGGAGCGCAGGGAGGAGCUGGAGAUCGUCUUCGUCUCGUCGGACCAGGAUCAGAAACGCUGGCAGGAGUUCCUGCAGGAGAUGCCGUGGCUGGCGCUGCAUAUCAAAGACAAGCACAAAAAGAUGAAACUUUGGAAUAAAUAUCGGGUGACCAGCAUCCCAUUUCUGGUGUUCGUGGAUGCCGCCACAGGCAAGAUGGUGUGCCGAAACGGCCUUCUGGUGGUUCAGGAUGACCCCAAAGGGCUGGAGUUCCCCUGGCGGCCCAAACCGUUCGCUGAGGUGGUGGCAGGACCCCUCCUCAGGAAAGACGGCCACGUGACAGACAGCAGCUCUCUGGAUGGCUCCUAUGUUGGAGUUUACUUCUCUGCCCACUGGUGUCCGCCAUGCCGCAGUUUGACCCGGGCGCUGGUGCAGUCCUACCACAGGCUGAGGGAGGCCGGUCACCGGCUAGACGUCGUGUUUGUCAGCGCCGACAGGUCUGAGGACUCCUUCACGCAGUACCUGAGCGAGAUGCCCUGGGUGGCCGUCCCAUACUCCGACAAGGCCCGGCGCUCACGGCUCAACCGGCUCUAUGGGAUACAGGGAAUCCCCACGCUGAUCCUGCUGGACACGGAUGGCCGGGUCAUCACGCGGCAGGGUCGUGCGGAGGUCCUGAGUGAUCCAAACUGCUGGCGGUUCCCCUGGCACCCGCGGCCCGUGGUGGACCUAAGCGAGUCCAAUGCCGUGCAGCUGCACGAGGGGCCCUGUCUGGUGCUGUUUGUGGAUGCAGAGGAGGAGGCGGAGCUGGAGCCGGCGCGGGAGCUUCUCCGGCCAAUAGCAGAGAAGAUCCUGGCCAAUCACAAGGCCAAGGGGGAGGAGCCGCCCCUGCUCUUCUUUGUGGCUGGAGAGGACGACAUGACUGACUCUUUGCGCGAUUACACCAACCUGCCAGAGGCGGCGCCGCUGCUCACCAUCCUGGACAUGGCAGCUCGGGCCAAGUUCGUGCGCGACGUGGAGGAAGUAACGGCCGCCGUGGCAGAACAGUUUGUGAGCGACUUCCUGGCAGAGAAGCUCACACCAGAGCCUAUCUAAACCCAGGGGAGCACAUGCCGAAUCCCUGCUUCCUUUCUGAUUGGACACCACUCCCACACGACGUCAUUUAUGUUCUAUUAUGUCUUUUCACGCACCGAAAAUCAGCAUAAGCCCAGCAGUCCAAAUAUCAGCAUUGUUUUUAUUUUUCCAUUUUUUAGAACACAGAUGUGUACACUAAUUAUAAAAACAACAAUAAAGUGAAAGCUGUUGAUGACUCGGGGGACCGAAACGUUAAUUAUAUCCUCUGUCAUUGUGUUCCUUUGUUGAU